GAGAGAGAGAGAGAGAGAGAGAGAGAGAGAGAGAGUCCCGCGCUUAGGAUGGUUUGUUGAGCGAACGUAAACAUAAACAUUGACGGUCAUGGCUCACCUCAACCCAGAAGAUUUCACUAAACUACAGAAUCAACUUCUAGAGUUAAAAGAAAAGAACUAUGGCCUUGAAGAUGCUCUUCGUAAAACUAAAAAAGAAUUAACAGAAACAAAAACACGCCUACAUUCAUUAGAGGAAGAAAAUGGUCGAUACCAGACUUUGAUCAGAACUUCCAAGAAGGCCGCUGAGGUGGAGCUCCUUAUUAGGGACAAUGGCUACCUGCGUAACAAACUCAAGGACCAAGAGGAGGACUUCAGGCUUCAGAACAACACUCUGUUACGGGAGCUUUCGAAGCUUGUUGGUGAGAAUGAACAGUAUGAACGACAAAUGAAGGUCCUGUGCAGCAGCCAGAGCUGUGACCUGGCCGAGGGUGACUAUGGCUCCACAGAUGACUCCAAAGAGGUGAUCCGCUUAAGAGGAGAGCUGAAGGACAUGCACAAGAAGCUGUUUGAAGCAGAAGGACUUUUAGAGAAUGAAAAUAAAGCUCACACAGAAAAAGUCUCGGCUCUGAGUUUACAAAUAUCUCAGCUCACUAAUAUUCUGCAGACUCACUCCAUACCACUAGAUGAAGGUGAAAUCAAUUUAGGAAAAGGAGGAGGAGUUAGCUUCAGGAAGCUUACCCUACAAGAUGAUGAUGGUCUUGAAACAGACUUGGAGAGAACUAAUGACACACUUCUUCAGUCCCAAGAUAAAUGCAGUCAGCUGCAGCAUGAGAUAGAGAAGCUACAGACACAGUUGAGAGAAGAAAAAGAGAUCACUGGCACCCUCACCUCAGAGAAGACAAAGCUAGAAGAGUCUCUAACAAGUGCUAAUGAAAGGUUAAACAAUGCAGAGGCAGAGAGAAACAAGAUAGACCUAAAGCAUCUUGAAGAAGCCGAGAGGAGAAUAAGGGACAUGGAAGCACAGCACAGAACAUAUGUAGAGGAACUGAAACAUUCCUUAGGAGACGUAGAAAGCAAGUUGGCAGAAUGUAGUUCCAAUCUGGCUGAAAAGUGUAAACAGUAUGAAGCAGCCCUUCACUCAGUGCAACAGCUGGAACACAAACUUCAGACUGCUGAGGGAGCAUUACUGGAGGCUAGAAAUGCAACACUACAGAAAGAAAAGGAAUGUGAAGCUUUACAAGACAAAGUUAAUGCAGUAACAAAGGACAUCACACAAAUGCUGGAGCAGAAACAGACAACAGAAAAGGAAAACAGUGAAUUUCAGAUUAAAAUAAGUGAUCAGCAUAAAGAAAUAACAGCUUUGAAUGCAUCACUUCAGGAGCAGACAAAACUUGCAGAGAGUCGACAUGGCCUCAUGGAAGAAAUGAAAGCUCACAUAGAGGAAGAGAAACAUAAACAACAGCAAAAAUUAGAUGAACUUCAAAAUCUGCACAAAGAAGAGGUAGAUUCACUCUCCUCUCAAAAUCAGCAUCUAGAGAAUAAACUUCAGGAGAUAAAUGGAAAAAUAAUGGAGAUGAGUGACCUAAACACAAAAUUGACACAACUGCAACAGGAGAAGAUAACUUUGAUAGAAUCCAAUGAAAAGUUGCAGCAAGAUAUGGAGGCAGCCCAGAAGAAGGCCCAGGAGGAUCUUGACAGAGUGACUGCAGAGAAAUGCCAGGAAAUAGAGAACCUCAAAUGGGAAUAUAAGAAGGAGAAGAGUGAUCUGCAUACACAGCUUGAGAUCAGCACAAUACAGAGACAGGAGGCAGAGGACUCUGUGGAAGCACUGAAACGAAAGGUGGCAGAUGGAGAGGAGGAGCAGAGGAUACAUGAACGCAAAGGUGUGACUCUCAUGAAAGACCUCAAGAAACAACUCAUGGCAGAGAGGAAGAGAGCUGAUCGUUUGCAGGAAAAACUUAGUCAGCUGCUCACCGACCCAGCCCAGCUGACAGCCAUCACAACUGUGUCAGAGGCCGGUGAUGAUGUGAGCAGUGUGUCUUCUUGGUCUAUGGUGUCUGGAGAGCCAAGAGAUUCAUCCACACGUGAGAACAGCAUCAUUGCCUCUCCACAGGGCUCCCCUCCUCCUGGUAUAGUGACGGAAGAGACAGUGUCCCUUGUCAACCGGCUGACAGAACUUCAGCAGCACAAGUGGCAGCUGGAGGAGCGCAUCACGCACCUUGAGUCCUCUUCAGCAGCGAUGGCUGAUGAUUUACUCAAAAAGUCUGCCAUCAUCCAGCACUUCUGCAUGGAGCAUAAAAACAUUGAGAGCACAGGAUCUCCCCCUACCUCUCCUAUGCAUCCCAUGCCACUUGGAGACAAACUCAAUGUUCGUCGGGUCCUAGAAAUGGUGCGGGGUGGGACAGGUGAGGAAUCCCUCAGAGAAAUCAACCGAAGACUGCAGAAUCUUCUUGAAGAGACUCUCGGGAAAAAUAUGCAGCUUCACAAGGACGUAGAAAAUCUCUCCCAACAAGUUCACCAGUUAUCCAAGCUGGCAGCUGUCAAAACAGAAACAGAACUUCCAGUUGCAGUGGAUGUUUAUCAGGAGACUCAAGCAUGUAAUGAAGAGAGAGGAGACACAGAUACAAGCAAGAGUUAGAACAUUUUUGUUUGAUUGAGACAACUGUAUUCAUGCAUGUGUCAUUUUCAUACUAACCAGGUUCUACUCCUGUUAGUUGGAGUCUUUCUUCAGUUUCUAAUAUUUUAAUAUAUUUUGAGUAUUGUUAAUAUAUCUUUACAUAAUAAAUUACAAAUUUUUAUGUAAAUGUGUUCUUGGUCUGGACAAUAUUUAGGUGUAAAAUAACCAGUUUACUAAUUUUCCUUGUCCAUGUCUUUCAUAAUUUAGAUGCAUCUGGUUUUAAGUAUUUGUACAGUCAUCACUUAUCAUGAGGCAGUGUGGUGUUUCUUGUUAGUGUUUGAUUGCAAGAGAUGGAGUCAUUGGUGAAAACAUAAAGAGUACAUAAAUUGGUUGUAAAUGAGCAAGGAUGCGGUACUUGAGUGCUGAGACAUAAGAUACUUUCAAAAGAAGAUUAUCUAAAUUUAAUGAUAAUAGAUGAUAAGUUUUGAGUGUUCAAUACCUACCUUGUGUUGGUCAGCUGGCCUUUCUUCAGUCUCUUUUAUUUUCUUCUGAUUUUAUAAUGCUAUAUUCUCAUAUUCCAUAUAUCACUGAGGCAAUGUAGCAUAUGCUCAUACAAUUAAAGAGAUUAUAGGUUUUAAUAU